AAAAAAAGCAAUGAAUGGUUUGUAGCUGGGAACUGAGACCAUGCGGUGACCUUGACCUUGAAGGUGAUGCCAAUGAUCUUCCUUCGGCCCGUCGAACAAUGGAGGCCUAGGGGAUCAGGGUCGAUUGUUGAUCUGUGCUGGGCUAUUGGCCACGAGAGACAAAGUUUGAGGAGGUAUUGGACGAACCACUGGGGCACAGGUCGCUGGAUGUCAUCACCUUUUGGUGAGUCAAGUCAAUUUAGGAGACCUGAAGCUCUAUCGAGGCGACACUCGACCGCAAUGAAAAGUGAGGCUUAGUCAGGAGGCAAAUGUCCGGUGCAAGCGCCUCCAUGAGGUUCCUGCUCCGUUAACUCAAAUGACUGGCAGAUUUGGUGACAUCUCCAAGAAGGUGCCAACUGGUAGUCAUUGCGCUCCUCCCAUUUGUCGUGGCCCAAAAUGAUUCCCAAUUUGUCGAUAUCUAAUCACCGGAGUUGGGCACACAAUCUGGAGUCUCCCGUCGUCAUGGGCCCUGCAUUAGGCGCUGAAGACUACUGCAGCUUCAGAGACUUAUCGCUAAUGGUGGUGAUGAUGGCAUCAACUCAUCCAAACACCAACGUCAAACGCCACAUCGCGCGGUUUUAACGGUUGUCCGCGGGGUUCCGGAGCAUCUAGAGCCAUGGUUCGAAACGCCAGAUCGAAGUUAUUAUUCUUCAAUGGCGCUGCCCCAAACGAAACCGAUUCAAAUGUCGAACCAUACGCGCGAGCCCCUAAGCAGUAUUGAAGUCUAACUUAAGUAUCGAGCACAGCCAUUGCAAGUCCAAAUUUCUGGUCUUCACUAAAAUGAGCAAUGCCACUCUCGGAGCAGCUAUGUAUGUUUCCUUGAUUCCAAGCGAGAACCCUGUUUCUUUCCAGAAAACGAUCAGCGGCUAGUGGAUGACGAAAGCAUGACAAGAAAACCCUCAUUUAAAGAGCUGAGGGCAGAUCGCGUUUGGGAGAGGCCAACUUCGUGAGAUGAAAGAACGCAGAGAGCGCUUAAGCUUAGCUCCAGCGUCACCGAACUCCUGGAAACAUUCCGCCUCUAGAAGGACAGAAGAAAAGGGGCGCAACGUCUCCCAGCGCUCAGCGUUUACGCCAUUGAUCAACCACGAGAGCGCCGUCAUGCUAACUUUUGCGCCGAGUGGCAGACUAAUUUGGAGCCGGCUCUUUAGAUGAAGCAAUUGGUGCCAGUCUUGGUGGCAUCUAGACGCUCGAUGGCGUGGAAGCGGGCACGGGGUGUAGAUGACGAUCCAACAAGACGGGGAAAUUCGAAUUUUAGGGGAACGUUAUCUGGGCGUUUUGUUUGCUUGUGAUGUGACCGAGGUUAAUACUGUAAGCUUGGUUUCAUAUUGGUUGCUGACGAGGAAUUCAAUAUUGCUGAUCUUUUGGUAGUCUUCACGAUCUAUUGAUUGUCUAGCAUUGAGGCGACAUCGGACAUUGGUCACAGCGGAGGCUGCAUGCUGUCAGACGGAAGGAUUGUGCGGUUUCGGUCAUGUCGUCGAUGGUAAGCAGGGUCCCAGUUUGUUUGAUCGACUUGGUCAAUGCUGUGCGCAAGUUCAUGAGGCGGGGAGUCGGUGACAGCAAUAGCUUGCGGCUGAGUGGUCUCGUGGUUGAGAGACGAUAUCAUGGAUGUUCGUUCGUCAAGUGAAAAAAAAAGGGGACUGAUGAGCAGGUUCCACAAAAUCUUGAUCGAGCCCGCACGGCAAUUGCUCGAGUCUCCAUGAUAUUCAAGGAAUGGCAUCGUCCUGGGUGGUCGACUCUUACCAUGCCCUGGACUGUCAGGCGGGAACUCGUGAUGGACAGUCAAGGAUGGCUUUGGCUUUGGUCAUGGAGCGGCCGGACGGCAGACCGCAUCGCAUCGAUCAAUCCGUGGCUCCGUUGUGGUGCUGAAGCGAGACGCAGGAGAAUGCAUUGGUUUGCCCAUCUUGCAUAUCGUCUGCAGGCCCAGGUCAGGAACGAAGAAAUCAGGGCACGACUAGUAAACGAGGCACCUACAAGUCUCUCUCUCUCUCUGUCUCUCUGUUUAUUUGUACUGCGGCGCCCUUUGCGCAAUCAUCCCAGCCAGGAAUUACCCCCUUGUUGAAAGGGUUUCUAAGCCCACUUUUGCUAUCAGCUACCCGGCACUUCGAUCAUCAACACCACCUUUUGUAUCUCAUGACAGCUGGCAGUAUCUACAUAUUAAAUUAUAUACAGGUCAGCAUAUAUGAUAGGCUUGAUCAAGUCCGGGGUGGUGGCGGAAGAGUUAUUGAUCAUCGUUCAAUAGGCAAAAAGUGCAUCUCAGUUAAUCUACGAAUAUGUGAUGGCUAAAAAUACCGAUCGUAUGUGGCAUCCAAUCCGAUAACUUGUCACGCAAAGUACAAGAUGAAGCUAGAAAUAGUUCAUGUGAUGAGACUACCACAAAGCAGCCCGCCAGAUUCAGUCACAUAGAGUACACAUUGAUUUUUCCUGACUCAAAAAUUGCUCGCUCAAAAAAGGGCCGCUGCGUGAUGUGGGCAUUCCAACGUUUCUCCUGCAAGGCCAUCCAUUUACGAGUAUCCUAAAGUUCUGUGCAUGCAUGCAUGAGAGAGGAGAGGCGGCGAGAGGAGACGUUGUGAGUGGGACUAAAACCGUUGAUCUCUGAAGUUUACUGGAAGUUUGGUACCGAGUUUAUCGUAUUUUUGCUUUAAGAGUAAUUUUAUCGUGUGGUUUUUUGAAACCGCGUUUUCUAGCUGCUU